ACCUUUUCAGCUCUCUCUCUCUCUCUCUCCAAGAAAUACGAAAUGGAUAAAACACCAUCCAACUCUCAGGAUGUUGAAAUAAGAAAAGGGCCAUGGACCCUGGAAGAAGACUUGAUCUUAACCAACCACAUCGCGAACCACGGUGAAGGUGUAUGGAACUCGCUUGCUAAAGAUGCAGGUCUGAAACGUACAGGAAAGAGUUGCCGGCUCCGUUGGCUCAACUACUUGCGGCCCGACCUUCGACGAGGGAAUAUUACACCUGAAGAACAGCUCUUGAUCAUGGAACUGCAUGCUAAGUGGGGAAACAGGUGGUCGAAGAUUGCAAAGCAUCUUCCAGGGAGGACCGACAACGAAAUAAAGAAUUACUGGAGAACUAGAAUCCAGAAGCACAUUAAGCAGGCUGAAACAUUUGCUGCACAGGUCAGUUCUGAAACGAAUGAACAUGGGAGCAAUAGCAGCCAAGUUUCCAGCACAACCGAAUUAAUGGUGUCCAAUUAUCUGCCAUCCUACCAAGGAGACGUGGAGGCCUUUUCAGGAGCGAAUAUACCUCAAGAACUGAACGAAAAUUAUUGGAGCAUAGAGGAUCUGUGGUCCAUGCAGCUACUUAAUGGCGAUUAAUUAAGUUUAUGGGAACAUUUCUGCUAUGUCCCAAAUGAUCCUAUUUUGGAUCAGUAUUAUUAGGGUUUGUCUAUAGUUGCCACUCGGUUGUAUUUUAUGUACGCUAAAACUUCUUACGCAUCAAAGGCUUGUAAUACACAC